UAGGCCAAAACACAAUCUUCAACAAUGCAAGAUAAACAAAGAUAAAGAACUAAAACAGGCACAACAAUUAAAGGAAACAGCUUAAAAACUCAGCAUAAAAAAACAAAAAUAAAUAGAAAAGAAAGGUCUGAAACCACUGACCAAAAAAACCAAAGCAGUGGAGUCUCCUCUAGCCCGGAUCGUCUGUCUGGUCCCACCUCACGCCCUUCUAUUCCGCGGGUCCAACACGGCGCAAUCCAAUAAACACCACCACCUAAACUCACCCAAAAAUCUCACCACCACUAAGUACUACACCAGUGAGUCAAAUUCCAAAGUCCCAAAACAUAUAGACAAAACAAAGAGAAAGAGAUUGCCCACCUCCUUUGGUUCGUAGACCUUUGACCGUUGACCAGAACGCUCUUCAUAAGCUCUUCACGACCCACAUCCUCGUCUCUCCCUCGAAAUCGAAGAAGAAGCAGCCAUUGAAGAGCUCGAAGAAGGAGAAGCCAUUAACGAGGAGAUGGGAAGGAAGAUAGAGGGCUUGGAGGUGAAGGUGCCAAGCUAUUUCCGAUGCCCAAUCUCUCUUGAGGUGAUGCGAUCGCCGGUGAGCCUCUGUACCGGCGUCACUUACGAUCGCACCUCCAUCCAACGCUGGCUUGACUCCGGGAACACCACCUGCCCUGCCACCAUGCUCCCUCUCCCUUCAACUGAUCUCGUCCCCAAUCUCACACUUCGCCGUCUCAUCUCCCUCUGGUCCCUCCCUGACGACCGCUCCAAGACCUCCCCAACCGACCUUGCCUCCGCCGGUCGCCUCCCUGAGCUCAUCGCCUUCCUCUCCGACCCGGAUCGGGAUGAGUUUGAUAAGAACUCGCUCGCUACCUCCCCUUCCUUCUCACCGGCCAUUUCUUCCCUCCUUGGCUCCGACGCCAAUGAUGAUGCCGUCCGAGUCCUCGCGCUGGUCCUCAACGCGGAUUUCAUCGAGGACGGAGCCAAGCGGGCCUUGAUCAGCGCCCUCUCCGCCGAUCUAAACCGAUCCACCACCGGUCUUCUCGAGUCGAUGAGGAGAUCGGAGCCGGAGAUGCGGGUGGAUGCAGCUAGGGUUCUGGAUGCGAUCCUCAACUCCGGUCUUUGCGACAAAGACUCCAGAUCUCGCGUUGCUGACAACUCCGACCUCCUCCGUGAACUGAUCCGGCUGAUCGGGCCGGCGGAGGACGGGUCCAUCGAUCGAGAUUCCACCGGAGCGGGGCUAUCCUGUCUGCUGGCCUUAUCGUCGGUGAAGCGAGCAAGAGCGCGAAUGGUGGAAGAAGGGUUGGUACCCGCGCUAGCUCGAGCACUAACCGAGAAAUCGUCCACAGUGCCGGCACCGACGGCAGAGAAGGCUCUGAAGCUGAUGGAGGCGGCGUCAAGCUGCGCCGAGGGCCGGGCAGCGAUAUGCGCCGGAGCAGCGGAGGCGGUGGUGGCGGUUGUGAACCGAAUGAUGAAGGCCGGAAAAGAGGGGGCGGAAUCGGCGGUGAUUGUGCUGUGGACCUUGUGCCAUUUGUACCGAGAUCGGAAAGCUCAAGAGGCCGUCGCCGGUGCCAAUGGCGUGCUAACGAAGAUCCUCCUACUGAUGCAAGGCGAUUGCUCGCCGGCGAUGAGGCAGAUGUCCGGCGAUCUCUUGAGGAUCUUCAGAGUGAACUCGAAGAGCUGUCUCUCCGGCUACGAUACCAAGACCACGCACAUCAUGCCUUUCUGAUCAUCAUCUUU